AUGUGGGCGAGCUGCUGUAACUGGUUCUGUCUGGAUGGCUCACCUGAGGAGAUACAGCCCCAGCCACAGCCAGGAGCCCGAGCCCAAGCCUAUUCCAACCCUGGAUACAGCUCCUUUCCCUCUCCCACUGCUUCUGAGCAGAGCUGCAAAGCCUGUGGGGUGCACUUCGACAGCUCCUCCAGGAAGCACAUCUGCUUGGACUGUAAGAAGAAUUUUUGCACAUCCUGCUCCAACCAGCCCGAGGGUGGACCCCUGCUCUGCCACCUCUGCCAGCGCUUCCGAGCCACAGCUUUCCAGAGGGAGGAGCUGAUAAAGAUGAAGGUGAAGGACCUGCGAGACUACUUGGCACUCCAUGAGAUUUCCACAGAGUUUUGUCGUGAAAAGGAGGACCUGGUGUUUCUGAUCCUUGGCCAGCACCCUGUAAUCACCCAGGAAGAUCAGCUAAGAACAAACACAUUAAACACUAGUGCCUCUGGCCAGCAGGACUUUGUGGCUCACCCCCCAGCCAGCCUGGCCUCCUCUACCUCACGUGAUGAAUCCUCAGUGUCUGCAGAUCCCAUCUCAAGUUCACUAGCUCAGGAACACCAACAGGCAAAUGGUCAUGUGCCUCUGAGCCCAGUUGGUGUGACAACAGUUGAGAAUGCAGCAGAAGCACCAGCAGAGGAGGAGACACAGUCUACUGACUCCGAAGACACCCUGGUGCAGGGGAGGAAAGCUUCUCUCUCCGACCUAACGAGCAUCGGCGACAUCAACGCGCUCUCCGUGCGGCAGCUGAAGGAAAUCCUCGCUCGCAACUUCGUCAACUACAAAGGCUGCUGUGAAAAGUGGGAGCUGCUGGAGAGGGUGACUCGGCUCUAUAAAGAGAAAGACCUUCAACAUCUAGUUCUUGACACUGACGAUCAAACUGGUGGUGCUGGGCUGCCCAGCACUGAGGACAACCUCUGCAAAAUCUGCAUGGAUGCACCCAUUGACUGUGUCCUGCUGGAGUGUGGCCACAUGGUGACCUGCACCAAGUGUGGGAAGCGGAUGAGCGAGUGUCCCAUCUGCAGGCAGUACGUGAUCAGGGCUGUCCAUGUCUUUAAGACCUAA